GGAACAAGACCCCCAUCUCCUUUCUAGUUUCUUGGCCCCUUUUGAGAGAUGCCAUUCAUAAAUCCGAUCGACCUGCCAGACAAUGCGCUAAUUAAUCGUGAUUAAGUUUCAUUCCCUAGACGCGCACAUGUCCUUUCUCCCUUUCCCUCUUCUCAGCCGCUCUUCUUGCUCUUCCUCCUUCAUCUCGCAACGCUCUUCUCACUCCCACGUCCGGGUCGCGGGCUUGUUCCUCUCUCCCUCCCAACCGCGUCCCACCGGGAGCCCUCUCCGUUCGUGAUCCUCGACGAGGCCUUCUCUCUUCCUUCUUCUUCAGUCUCUCAUCUCCUUCUCCUUCGUCCGCUCUUCCUCCACCUCCGUUUCUCUACUGCCACCUCCUCCAUCGUUGUUCCAGACCUCUUCCUCCUCCGCCCCUGUCACGCUUUCGGAGUUUUUGGAAAACAUCGAGGAAGGGUUCCCGAGGAACUUUUUGGGAUCAGUACCGCCGUGACUGUCCGACGAGUCGGUUUAUACAUUUCAACGUCCUCGUCGACGCAGUCCGCCACUUCUCGUUCUCGGGGCUCCUGAAUUUCCCGCCCGUCCAUCGAAAAGCCGCCGGAAAUCCGGUAUCACACGUUUUAUCACAGAGUCGGCGGCUGAGUCGACUUUGACGACGACAACGACGGCGGCAAUGAUAACCCGCUUUAAGCCUGGAUUCGACUGGAGGAUGCUGCUGUCCGGAGCGUGGUUCGAGACCAUCGCGGCGGCACUGCUCGCGAUCCUGGUGCUGGCCACCGGUUACAGGCCACCCUGGUGGUUCUGGACCAGAAAUUACAACGUCGCCAACGUCGACACAGGCGACAACGGCAGGAAGUUCAAGACGGCGCGCGAUGUACCAGGUCCAUUCGCUCUGCCGAUUCUCGGCACCAGGUGGAUAUAUUCCCGCUUCGGUCACUACAGCUUGAACAAGAUCCACGAGGCGUAUCAAGAUCUGAAUCGGCGAUAUGGGUCGUUGUGCAAGGAGGAGGCUCUGUGGAACUACCUCGUGGUGUCCGUGUUUGCCCGUCGCGACAUCGAGGCUAUCCUCAGACGGGGCUCGCGAUACCCGCUUCGUCCUCCGCAGGAGGUCAUAUCCCACUACCGGCGCUCCCGGCGCGAUCGUUACACCAACCUUGGUCUGGUCAAUGAGCAAGGAGCAACCUGGCAAAAGCUUCGGGCCGCUUUAACGCCGGAACUUACCGGGGCCGGUACCGUAUUCGGUUUCUUCCCGGCGCUCAACAUAGUCACCGAUGGAUUCAUCGACCUAAUCCGCAAACGAAGAGCGGAUUUUACCGUGAAAGGCUUUGAGGAACUCGCUUACAGAAUGGGACUUGAGAGCACAUGCACGCUGAUUCUUGGGCGUCACCUAGGUUUCCUAAAACCAGAUUCCAGCAGUACACUCACAACGAGAUUAGCGGAAGCGGUCAGGAUUCACUUCACGGCCUCGCGCGACGCCUUUUACGGUCUGCCGCUUUGGAAGUUGUUACCGACAUCCGCAUAUAAGCAACUAAUAGAGAGCGAGGACAUUAUAUACAAUAUUAUUUCGGAGCUCGUGGAAGCGACUGUGUUGGAGAAGCAAAAUGACGCCAAAGACGAAUCUGUCGAGGCGGUAUUCCUGUCUAUUUUGCGGCAUAAAGAUCUCGAUAUGAGAGAUAAGAAGGCCGCCAUAGUGGAUUUCAUAGCGGCGGGAAUACACACACUAGGCAACACGCUGGUAUUCCUUUUCAACUUGAUUGGCCGUAAUCCUGAAGUGCAGGAAACUCUUUACAAGGAGGCGCAGUCCCUGGCGCCUCCCGGUUGCGAUCUCACGGUGGAUGAUCUCCGAAAGGCAAAAUAUUUACGCGCCUGCAUCACAGAAUCUUUCAGAAUUGUACCCACGACACCUUGCAUAGCGCGCAUACUGGACGAGCCUAUAGAAUUGGGAGGGUAUCGCCUCGAUGCCGGAACAAUAGUAUUGUUGCAUACGUGGAUAGCAGGAUUGAGCGACGACAAUUUUAAAGAUGCGUCCAAAUGCUUACCAGAAAGAUGGUUGAAACCUAUGGUGCCUCACUCGCCUUUAUUGGUGGCUCCUUUCGGCGCCGGUAGAAGGAUAUGUCCAGGAAAGCGUUUCGUAGAGCUCGCGCUGCAGCUUAUUCUGGCAAAGAUUAUUCGGGAAUUCGAGAUCGUCGUCGAAGAAGAACUUGGCUUGCAAUUUGAAUUUAUUCUGGCGCCGCAAAGUCCUGUAUCCCUCGGAUUCCGAGAUCGUACGUCGAGGGCCGAGAUGACCUGAGAUUUAUUCGCGUUUUCAUCGGCGAACGUUUAUCGAACAAUGAAUGUUAAUUGAAUGAACGAAUGAUAGAUUCGAUUGUUGUCGAGCGAGGCUUCGCACGUGCUUCGCUCGUCUUCCGGGUUGGCGCUCCGUUUUUUUUUUCAUCGAUUGAUUUCCGAGAUUAGAUAUUAGAUUUUACACUUGUGUAUUAUUUGUAAGAUUCUUUUUAAUUCGUUGAAAAGGAACUCCGUUCGUUUAUCGAGGAAAGGGGAUGAAAGUGGUCGUUACUUAAUGUUAUAAUAUUUAUAUCUAGUUGUAAGGAAAGCGUAAACAAUCGGGAUCCUCUUACCUUUUAAGACAUUGACGCAUAUUGCAUGCAAUGCCUCUGUCACCCUUUUUUCUUUUUCUUAUCAUAUUCUAUAAAAUGAAAUUUAUAGUCUAAACUCUUAUCAUGUCGGGCAAAACAUUAUUUCAUACUCAUAAUAAAUUAAUUAAAAUUAAUAAAAUUAUAAAUAUAAAUUUUAAAAAAAAUAGAGGGAGUGAGAAAGACGGCAUGCGAAUGCAAAUGUGCUCGCGGGUUUCUUAGUCACCUCAUUUUUAUCCACGAUAACUACAAUAAUAAUUAAUAAAAUAGUUAAUGUACAACAAAUAUAUACAUAAUCAUACGGAAAAAAUGUUAUGUAUCUCAUAUUUGUUGUAUAAGAACUUAUAUAUACGGUUUAAUGUUCAUUUAUUUAAUAUUAUGUGAAUUUAUUUAUUUAUUCGAAUUUUUUUAUUAGAGCUUGUUAGAGUGUCAUUUCGUACAUCUGUCGCGAUCAACUGUUGGGAUGACUGAGUUACCCCACAUCGUAAAAUCGCGAGAUAUAAUGUAUGCCUAUUUACGAUAUUCUUAUCAACGGCACAGAGAAGAAGGGCACAUUUAAUUAUAUAAUUUAAGCACAUUUAAUUAUAUAAUUUAAGUACAUUUAAUUAUAUAAUUUAAGCACAUUUAAUUAUAUAAUUUAUAGUUAUUUAUUUUUCUGCGCACGUAUUUUCCGUUUACGGUAAAAGUAAGACGAUCCCAAUAUGUUACCUAUCGAUUGCGCGCACCGAUUGACUAGCUAUGGCUGAAUGUUAUAUUUACGUUACUGUACGAAUGAUUUAUAUGCAACGUAAUCCGUUGACUAUCGAAAAAAAUUCGUUUUUUUCGAAUUAUUACGCUUUUUAAAAGCGGUGCCGAAAAAUUAUAUCAUACUUAUAUCGGAGAGCGAUCUCUCUCAGUUUUUUCGCGCGGUUUUUCAUGCAAUUUGAAAAUGGAUCGUUGAUGAAAAUGAUCGUUGAUUUAUACACUUGUACAUAAAAUAUGUAGAUAGUUCUUGUUGAAAAUAUAAUGCAUAAGAAAUA